GAGUUGUCGCGGUGGCUUCGUUGGUGCUGCUGGUUUUUAAUUCUUCCUGGCUCAAAUGUCGAGCUCCUCGGGUCCGGGUCGGGCCGGACCGGGACUCUGGUCCUGGGUGCUGCUGCUGCUGGUGUCCAGCGGGCUGAUCGGGCCGCUCGGUGCCGUGUCCGAACCCGGGAAAUGGAUCCUGGACAUCGACAGCGAUGUUGUGAAGAAGCAGAACUUGUUUGUGUUCGCUAAGACUCUGUUCAACAACUCGCUGAUCCACCUGAAAGUGGUGGCAGAGACCUGUAACUCGUCGUCUCCGGUGCAGCUCAACGUCUCCUGGUACCUGCGGAACUCUCACUGCUAUGAUGAAGUCUUCAACCUGGAAACGAAGAGCCGAGAAAAUUACUUCAAGUCUACAAAUGUCAAUAAAGAAGGAGGAAGUGGAUUUUAUGUUUUCCAUCAAUAUUCUGAAAUCAGCUGCAAACCACACAUGAGCCCCAACACGUUCGGCCUCGAAACAUUCGAGAUGAAAACCCGACUGACAGAAACGCAGCAGCAACAGCCAACCACAGAGCACGAUCUCGGCAGGAGGAGGAGAGAGGCAGAGCCUCAGCAGCAGCCCGACAAGACGGAAGGAGCUGCAGAAAAGAAGGAAGGAACUGCAGAAAAGAAGGAAGGAGCUGCAGAAAAGAAAGAUGGAGCUGCAGAAAAGAAGGAAGGAACUGCAGAAAAGAAGGAAGGAGCUGCAGAAAAGAAAGAUGGAGCUGCAGAAAAGAAGGAAGGAGCUGCAGAAAAGAAGGAAGGAGCUGCAGAAAAGAAAGAUGAAGGAAAGAAAGAUGCAGAAAAGGAAGAUGAAGGAAAGAAAGAUGCAGUCAAGAAAGGAGAAGCUGCAGAAAAGAAGGGAGGAGCUACAGCUGCGACAGGAAAAGCUGCGGUUGCUGUUAAACAGUCUCACUUUGACGCCGUGGCUCAGACCUGGGAGGACGGACCCUACAUGUUCAUCCUCAACAUCAAGGAGAUCAGAGACAAGAGCUCAGCCCCCGAGCCUGCACCCUGGAGCAUGCAGCUGCAGAUCAGCAUGAUGGGUCCUCACGACUACAUAUCAGCUGCUGAGUGGCCCAUGAUGGUGUUCUACAUGGUGAUGUGUAUCGUGUACGUGCUGAUGGCGGCGCUGUGGUUGGUCCUGCUGGCGUGCUACUGGAGGGAUCUGCUCAGGAUCCAGUUCUGGAUCGGGGGAGUCAUCUUCCUGGGCAUGUUAGAGAAAGCCGUGUACUACGCAGAGUUCCAGAGCAUCAGAUACGACGGGCUGUCAGUCCAUGGGGCCGUGGUGUUUGCUGAGGUGCUCUCUGCAGUGAAGAGGACUCUGGCCAGAGUGCUGGUGAUCAUCGCCAGUCUGGGAUACGGUAUCGUCAAGCCCAGACUGGGAGCGCUGCUCCACAGAGUGGUUGGGGUCGGUCUGCUCUACCUGAUCUUCUCCAUCAUCGAGGGGAUCCUCCGAGUCAACACUGAUCGAGGCGACAACAACAGCAGUAGACUUUUGUGUGACAUAGUGCUGGCCUUCACUGACUCCUGUGUUGUUUGGUGGAUCUUUGUGAGUCUGGCUCAGACGAUGAAGCUGCUGAGGCUGAGGAGGAACGUGGUGAAACUCUCUCUCUACAGACACUUCACCAACACGCUCAUCUUUGCUGUCAUUGCGUCGAUCAUCUUCAUCAUCUGGACCGCCAGGACCUUCAGGAUGUCCAAAUGUUUGUCUGACUGGAGGGAGCUGUGGAUCGAUGACGCGUUCUGGCGCUUCUUGUUCUCCAUCAUCCUAUUGGUCAUCAUGUUCCUAUGGCGACCAUCAGCCAAUAAUCAGAGGUACGCCUUCAGUCCUCUGCUGGACGAAGAGAGUGAGGAAGAGGAGAAGGAGCCUAUGAUUAACGAGGCUUUCGAGGGGAUGAAAAUGAGAGGAAUGAAGAAUGAGACCAACGGUUCGGCCAAAGCCAACAAAUUGGAUGAGGAUCUGAGGUGGGUGGAGGAGAACAUCCCGUCAUCUAUGGCCGACGUUGCUCUGCCUCCGCUGCUGGACUCUGACGAGGAAACCAUGACGACGAAGUUUGAGAUGUCCAAGAUGGAGUGAAGCAGCAGAGCAGGGACGAUCAGACGAAUGAUGCAGAUUAGUGUCAGUGUACAAGGUGGAUUAAAGAGAAGGACAGCUGAUUAAAUGCACAUGAGGAGGAGAUGGUGAUGGAUGAGAGGGAACAUGUCUGAUGUGAUUUAACCCCUGACUUUAUCAGCUUUGUAAGCCUUGAUGUACAUACACUGGGAGGAAUCGAUCACAGCGGCAAACUUUUAUUUUCAUUUUUAUUGCCUGUUUGUAUUUAUAUUUCUAUAUACACAGUAUAUUUUGACAGAUACGAUGCUAAUGAGCUUCUUUGUGGCUUGUUGACCUUUUCACCGUUUACAUGCAGAAAUGUUUUCUGUUGUUUCCACUCCGUCACUGCUGUGGGUUCUGUGGAGUCGAUGCCUGUGAUUGUGAAUCUGAAAGAGAAAACAAACAUGGAUGUGAAUUCAUAUAAAGAUGCUUUAUUGAAGUUUGCCAUCGAAGGUCGUUUUGUUUUGGGGUUUCUGAUGUUUUUUCAGCUUUGGUUCCAGUGAACCAUUAAACCUGCUCACAGACUGUAUAAAAAUGUAUUUUAUUUUAUUAUUUUACGUUUGCAUCUGUAUGAAUAAAAUUUAGCAGCAAAUGGAAGAAUUUGCUGCAUCAGUUAAAAUUGAGCACUUUGUAAAACUUCCCUGGAUGUAGUGUUUAAAUAACUUUACAUCCUGAUGAUGAUGAUGAUGAUGAUGAUGAUGAUGAUGAUGAUGAUGAUGUGUGCUUAGAUGACUUCUUACAGCCAGAGUAAACUGUUCACAGAGCUGUGACAUGCAGAGCGUCUCCACUGCAAGACAUUUAAAGACCCUGACUGAUGUUAAACUGGUGCCUGAGGCAGAUUGUAAGAGAACCUCUGAUUGGCUGAUAUCCCCCAAAAAACAUGGAUUUUACCAAUUUUUUUAUUUUUCUCCUCUUCCUUUAGACCAUGGGUCGGCAACCUGUGGCUCUUUAGUUAAUUUUUAAUUUUCAUGUAUCAAUGGUGUCGGCCCAAAGCAAUUUGUUUACUUCAAUUGUGACAAUGUGUAACUUAUAUUUUUUUAAAUCCUUUUUGUCAACUAAAAUGUGCAUCAUAGCUUACAAAAGUCUACGGCCCAGUGCCUUAAUCUCUACAUUUUGCCAACUUCAACUCUAGUUCUGAGUUUCACAGCGAGGUAAGAUAUUUCACUGGUAUCAAGCUUUUUUUUUUGCACUUUGGGUCCUCGCUGCAUUCUGACGAAAAACAAAACAAUUAAUGAAUGCUCAUUAUGAGCUGUUAGUGAUCUUAGUUGGCUCAUUUUAUCUUCAUUGUGAGAAUUGGAAUAAAGCUUGCGGCUCCAUUCUGACAUUUUUUCUCUUUUUUUGGCAAACAAAGGCUCAUUAGUUAGUCAAGGUUGCCGACCUCUGCUUUACACUGUUGGUUUUUCAGCCAUGCUUGUGUUGAGUUUUUUUCAUAAAAAUGUUGCAGCUCUUCAGGACAUGAACCGUCUGAUGACUCUGACUUUUACUGUGAAGCCUCCACACAGUUUAUAAUUGUGGCUUUGAGUAAAAUGUCUAUAUCUAUCUAUAACUAUUGGAUGAACUACAGUGAAAUUAGGUAUAUGAUUAAUAUUCAUGUCAUCCUCAGUUGACUCUGUAUCUAUUUUUCUGGGGAAACAAUAUGACGGUAUUUAUAUUUUUGCAAACUGUCUGCUGAGGCGUGCUGCAGUGGCUCUCUCUUGUUCUUUAGAGUUAAAUGUACAAAAUUAAACUCCCAAAAACAG